AAUCACCAAGAGAAUUAAAAACUAGUUUAGAGAAAAAAUAGUUUAAGCUAAAAUGGCCAAACACCAAAGUUUCUUCAUUUUGUUUAUCACAUUUAUUGUUAUUUUUUUAGUUGAAACAUUUGAAAGUAAAGAGGUAGAAGGAAAUUUGGAUGAACAGGGAUGGAAUAAUGCACGUGCUACAUUUUAUGGUGACAUGAGUGGUAACGAAACCAUGCAAGGAGCUUGUGGUUAUGGAGACUUAUUCAAGCAAGGGUAUGGCCUGGAAACAGCGGCACUAAGCACAGCACUCUUUAACAAUGGAUCUACCUGUGGAGCUUGCUUUCAAAUAAAGUGUGUCAAUGCUCCUAAAGCAUGCCAUCCAGACCAAGUCAUAACUAUAACUGCCACCAAUUUAUGCCCUCCAAAUUACACAAAAACUUCAGACGUUUGGUGCAAUCCUCCACAACAACACUUUGAUCUGUCAUUGCCUAUGUUCUUAAAGAUUGCCGAGUACAAAGCAGGGGUUGUCCCUGUUGUUUACAGAAGAGUCACUUGCCACAAAAAAGGAGGUCUCAAGUUUGAGAUCAAAGGGAAUCCUAAUUGGAUUCUUGUUCUUGUUUUCAAUGUGGGAGGUGUUGGAGAUGUUGUCAGUGUCAAAAUUAAAGGAUCUAAGACUGGAUGGACACAGAUGUUGCGGAAUUGGGGACAAAAUUGGCAGAUUUCUCAGCAGUUGGCAGGACAAAGCUUGUCUUUCCAAGUACAAACUAGCGAUGGCAAAUGGGUUCAAUCUGAUAAUGUUGCUCCUGCUAACUGGCGAUUUGGUCAGACAUUUGAAGCGAAGAAUAAUUUUUAG